GUUUUCAGUUUAUGUAAACAACUCUGGCGAGAAGGUUGUGUUUUGAAAAAAGUGCUUUAAACGCUUUAAAAGUUAUUGCAAAGUUUAUUUCGUUCGUAAUAUUAAAGACUCGUUCUUAAUUUUAGGGAAAACAAGAAAAAUUCUCGUCCUGAAAAGAGCUUUUCAUGUCAAGUGUAAGAUUUCGUAAUACAACAAAAAAUGGAGAACUUGGAAAACUCGACUUGUGAAGAUAACAUCGAAAAAAGUAACGAAAGUACCUCGAAGUCCUUGAAGGAAGAGGAAGACGUCGAAAAAUGUUCAGAAAAAUCAGAAUGUAAUCCAAACGAUUCAUCGAACGAAAAAGAAGAAGAUUUACAAGUCGAAAUUCCUUCUGAAAUUGAAUCAAAAAACACUUUCAAAAAACCCGGUUUACUAGUCGGUCCUCGAAAAGGUAAACCAAUAGGAAGAAAAUUAAAUUUAAAUGAGAAUAAAGAAAGUACAGUCAGUCCGGAAGACGAUCCAAAAAGUUUAGAAAAAAAACCAGAAGAGCUUGACAAAAAAAGAACAGAAGGGAUUGAUAUUGAAAAAGUUGACGAUAAAAAAUUAGAAAAAGAUGAAAAAAAAGAAAAAGAUGCAAGGGAUAGAAACAUAAUUGAAAAGGAAAAACAAAUUCCCCUUCCCUAUAAGGAGCCAAUUUGGAGUGGAAAACCAGAGAAAAAUUACAAGGCUGAAAUUCUCAAAUCAGGAUUAAUUCUCGAGACAAUAGAUUUGAGUGAGAAGAAUUUUUACGUCGUUGGUAGAUUACCAAUUUGUGAUAUUCCUCUCGCUAAUCCGACAAUUUCUCGUUAUCACGCAAUUUUUCAAUAUCGAAACGAGUCCGAUGAGAAGAAUGAAAAGGGCCUCUAUGUUUAUGAUUUGGGAAGUACGCACGGUACUUUUUGGAAUGGCAAUCGAAUAAGAUCGAAUGUCUACGUGAGAGUGAGAAAUGGGCAUAUGAUUAAAUUUGGAAAUAGUCAACGGAAAUUUAUCAUACAAACGCCACGCGAUGAGGAAGAAGAGGAAUCGGAAUUCACUGUCACUGAAUUAAAGGAAAAACGUAGAAUUGAAAUGGAGGAGCGAGAGAAAAUGGAAUUUGAGCGAAAGAAGGAGGAGGAAUUAGCGGAGAAAUUGCGAAUUGAAAAAGAAGAGAAGGAGGGAGUAAAUUGGGGAAUGUCGGAGGAUGCGGACGAAGAGACGGAUUUAAAGGAAAAUCCUUACGCGCAAACAAAUAACGAGGAUUUAUUUUUAGAGGAUCCGAAGAAAACUUUGCGCGGUUGGUUCGAACGUGAGGGGCACGAUUUACAAUAUCAGGCCGACGAAAAUGGAAUUGGACGUUUCACUUGUUGGGUCGAAUUACCAUUAGAAGAUUACGUGGGGAGAUCAGUGAAGGCAGAAGCUUGUGUUAAGGGAAAAAAGAAAGAGGCCGUUGUUCAGUGUGCACUUGAAGCUUGCAGAAUUUUAGAUAGACACGGACUCUUGAGACAAGCUGUUCAUGAAAGUAAAAAGAAAAAAGCCCGUAACUGGGAGGAACAAGAUUUUUACGACUCAGAUGAGGAUAAUUUCCUCGAUCGAACUGGAACAGUGGAGAAAAAGCGGGAGCAAAGAAUGAAAAACGCUGGCAAAUUGAAUUCAAAAGCAGAAACUUACAAUUCAUUGACGGAAAAAUAUACUGAAGUCAUGAAGGAAAUAGAAAAUAUUGAGAAACGUUUGAAGCAAUCGCAGGAGAAUGAAAAUAUGGAGGAAAAUUCGAGUGUCGACGCAUUGGAUGCUUUUAUGUCCCAAUUAAAGAGUAAAGCAAUUUUGAAUAAAAGUGAAAAAAUAAAAUUGAAAAUGGAUUUGCAAAAAUUGCGAAAAGAAGAAGCGCAACUUAUGAAAUUAAUCGAUAUUUCAAGACCAGCGAAUUUACCGGCAUUAUUGAAACCACAAACAUCAAAAUGCGUUGUCGAAUCUUUGCCAACUAAACGGAAAUCAUUCGAUAAUUCUCCAAAAUUAGAAAAAAAAGUGAAAAAAUCCAACAAGGAAUUUGAGACUAAAAAUGAGAAAUAUUCCACAAGUGGAAAAGAACUUUUGGAAAAUAAAUCUGAGGAAGAUUGUGUGGAAAUGAUGGAAGCGAGUGAUGAUAAAAAAUGUGAUGGCAAUGAUGAGAAAAGUGAAAAGGACAUUAAUUGUGGAGAAAUUGAGAAAAAAAGUAAGAAAGAAAUAAUUGUUGAGGAAGAAAUGGUAGAGAAUGAAAGUUUACAUGAAAAGAAUACGGAGGAAGUUUUGAAGAAAAAGAAGAGGAAUAUGAAGCGAAUUCAACAGCGUGCUUUAAAGGCGGAAAAGGAGAAGAUAAAAAGUUAUGAGGACGAGGAGUAUAAGGAAGAUUACUGCACUUGGGUGCCACCACAAGGACAAAGUGGAGACGGCUUCCGUUCAAGAAUUGGUUUGUUGAUUUCACUCCUGUUUGUGAAAUUCGAUCCCCCUCUGCUCAAUUCGGACAUUUUGAUCUAAAGAAUCGAAAAUUUGGUGCAAUUUACAUUUUUCAAGUGUAGUUCGACCGGGAAAAAAGAGUUUUUCAGGAAAAAAGUGAGAAAUUCUAAAGAGAAAUCUCAACGUGUUUUGAUGAAGAUGAAGAGAAAAUUGAAGAAGAAGAAGAAAGAGAAGUGUUUGCGAUAUAUAGGAAGACGUUUGACAUUUAAAGAGGAAGAACUUUUGAAUCGACUUUUGC